CCUUCUUGGACUUCUAAAGAAAAUGGCAGAAACAUCAUCAGAGCCUUCUGGGCAGCUGGUUGUACACUCAGACACUCACAGUGACACCAUCCUGGCCAGUUUCGAGGAUCAGAGGAAGAAAGGCUUCCUCUGUGACAUUACUUUAAUCGUGGAGAAUGUGCAUUUCCGGGCCCACAAAGCCUUACUUGCUGCCAGUAGUGAAUACUUCUCAAUGAUGUUUGCUGAAGAGGGGGAGAUUGGCCAGUCCAUUUAUAUGCUGGAAGGCAUGGUUGCCGACACGUUUAGUAUCCUGCUGGAAUUUAUCUACACGGGUUGUCUCCAGGCCAGUGAGAAAAGUACAGAACAAAUCCUGGCUACUGCCCAGUUCUUAAAAGUCUAUGACCUGGUAAAGGCUUACACAGACUUUCAAAAUAAUCAUAGCUCCCCAAAGCCACCGACUUUGAACACAGCUGGUGCUCCAGUGGUUGUUAUUUCUAAUAAGAAAAAUGAUCAUCCAAAGCGGAAACGGGGAAGACCAAGAAAAGUCAACAGUCUGCAGGAGGGGAAAUCAGAACUGGCUGCAGAGGAAGAAAUACAGCUGAGAGUGAACAAUUCAGUUCAGAAUAGACAAAACUUUGUGGUUAAAGAGGGAGACGAUGGUGUACUGAAUGAACAGAUUCCAGCAAAAGAAUUGGAAGAAUCUGAGCCGGCUUGUGAGCCAGGUAGAGGGGAGGAAAUGUCAGCUGAAAAAGAUGAGAACUGUGAUCCCAAGAUCCAGGAUGGGCAGGACAACCAGAAUCGGUGCAGCAAGCGGAGGAUUCGGAGGUCCGUCAAACUGAAAGAUUAUAAACUUGUUGGGGAUGAAGACGACCAGGGUUCAGCCAAGAGGGUCUGUGGAAGGAGGAAGCGCCCCGGUGGCCCCGAGGCCCGUUGUAAAGACUGUGGCAAAGUGUUUAAGUAUAAUCACUUUUUAGCAAUCCACCAGAGAAGCCACACGGGGGAGCGACCUUUCAAAUGUAAUGAGUGUGGAAAAGGCUUUGCCCAGAAGCACUCCCUGCAGGUCCACACCCGGAUGCACACAGGCGAGCGGCCGUACACCUGCACCGUGUGCAGCAAGGCUCUCACCACCAAGCACUCGCUGCUGGAGCACAUGAGCCUGCACUCAGGACAGAAGUCUUUUACAUGUGAUCAGUGUGGAAAAUAUUUCAGCCAGAAAAGACAACUAAAGAGCCAUUACCGAGUUCAUACAGGCCACUCGUUACCGGAAUGUAACCACUGCCGCCGCAAAUUCAUGGAUGUGUCUCAGCUAAAGAAACACCUGCGGACACACACAGGUGAGAAGCCAUUUACUUGUGAAAUCUGUGGCAAAUCUUUCACAGCAAAGAGUUCUCUUCAGACCCACAUCAGGAUCCAUCGAGGAGAAAAGCCAUAUUCCUGUACCGUGUGUGGCAAAUCCUUCUCUGACUCGAGUGCCAAGAGGAGACACUGCAUUCUGCACACGGGCAAAAAGCCUUUCUCCUGCCCUGAGUGUAACUUACAGUUCGCUCGCUUAGACAACUUGAAGGCUCACUUAAAAAUACAUAGCAAAGAGAAACAUACGUCCGAUGCCAGCAGCGUUUCCGGCAAUAAUAAUGCUGAAGAGGUCAGGAAUAUUCUUCAGCUGCAGCCCUAUCAACUCUCUACCUCCGGAGAGCAGGAAAUUCAGCUUCUUGUAACUGAUUCUGUACAUAACAUCAAUUUCAUGCCUGGUCCUAGCCAAGGAAUCAGCAUCGUCACUGCAGAGAGUUCCCAGAACAUGACGGCAGACCAGGCUGCUAACCUCACCCUGCUCACGCAGCAGCCAGAGCAACUGCAGAACUUAAUUCUUUCAGCUCAGCAGGAGCAAACAGAACACAUUCAAAGCCUCAAUAUGAUUGAAAGCCAGAUGGAACCCUCACAGACCGAGCCAGUGCAUGUCAUCACACUCUCCAAGGAAACUCUGGAACAUCUUCACGCCCAUCAAGGGCAAACAGGGGAGCUCCAUUUAGCAAGCGCUUCAGAUCCGGCUCAGCACCUACAGCUGACACAGGAGCCUGCUCCGCCACCACCCGCCCACCAGGUGCCCCAGUCCACACCGCUCAGCCAGGAGCAGAGCUGACCCGAACACGUGCCUGACUGCUCCGUCGGCCUCUUCUCCGUCAGCCCGCUGUGACUGGAUUGUGUGCUUGAAGUCAGGCUUUCUGCAACGCUCGCUUACAGAUUCUUACAGAGAUGUGGUAGCUCUAUGAGCCAGCCGAUAGCGUCCAUCCAAGAGGCAAGAUGUGUAUAUCGUGUCUUAUAUCUAAUACUGAUUUGGAUUUAGCAUUUCAAUAUUGAUGAAUGGUUUUCAUUUUCAUUUACUACAUCUCUUAAAGACUGUGUAACUUUUCUUUGGGGGCAUUGCAUUAAACUUUUCUGUGAGUAUUAAAUGUUCACAGCCAUAGUUAUGGUCUUGCUGACUUUUCCAGUUAUAUUUUUUAUUUUUUAGAACGAAGAAAAUCAUAUGUUGUAUUGGGUACAAUGGUUGGUUGUCCCUUCCCCCUUAGGCAACACAAUUGCCACUACAAGACAAGUUGGGGCCGAAUAUGACAGAUUACAGCUUUGGGGACUCUGUCCUUUUAAUGACUUCCAACCCCCUAAGACAGAGUAAUUUCUCAAGGUUUAAUCUCUGUGUGGUACAGUGGGCUCAUCAUGUCGUGUUUAAGAUAGAGUCGAAGACAAUAUGACCUAAAUGUCUAUUUUAACUCAACAUUCACAAAACAAGAAAGGCAAAAGCAUAGGAUUAUUUUUUAAAUUCUAAACUCGACUUUUCUGAGAAACAUAGAUUUACAUGUUUUUUAAAAGCAGGUGGUUAAAAAUUUAAAAGGCUAAUUAAGGUAUGAAAUUGGAUCAAGAUAUUCACCCCAAAUAAAUUCUGAAUUUUUGUCAGCUUUGAUAUUUGAUCUCCAUGGUGAAGUUAAAGCUUUCUUAAUUAUCCUGGAAUAUAAAAUUCAGUGUAAUUUAUGUUAAAUAUACUCUACUGGAUUCUAAUUGAUCUCUGAAAAUGUUGAUCUAUGUAUUGUGUCUGAUAACUUUUUAGAUAGGAACUUAUAAUCUAUUUUUAUUGCAGAGUAGGUUAAAUCUCACAAAAUAGACACAUAAUUUUUAAAAGUAAAUUCUCCUAAUCUUAAAA